AUGUAAGAAUAUAAUUUUUAAGUUUAUUAAAAGCCUAAAAAUGAAUUUGAUAUUAGUUAUGAUGAAUAAAUCAAAUAAAAAAAGUAAAGACUUUGGACAGGAAAACCUAUACCUAAAUAAUAAGAUAAUUCAGACGAUGAUAUAUUUGAUUUACCAAAAGUAGAAAAAAAUAUUGAAAUAUCUUAAGUUGAAUAAAAAGUUUAAAGAGAUCCUUAAGAAAAUGUUUAAACAUUUCAAAAAGUUGAAAAUGAUAAUUAUGAAAUAGAAAUUAUUGAUGAAGAAGCAGCAAUGAUGAGAAGAAGAAGAGUAAUUUAAUCAAGAUUAGCAGAAGAAUAAUAAUUAUUAUAAUAAGAGUAAUAAUUAAGUAAAGAAUAAAAAAAAGAGAAAAAACAUAAAAAGAAAGAAAAAAAAAAUAAAAAGAAAAAGGAGGAAACUUUUUAAUAAAAUGAAAAAGAGGAAGAAGCAUAAGAUUUUUAAGAAUAAUAAAAAGAAGUUGAAUUAUUAAAACCAGUAUUUGUUUCAAGAACAUAAAGAGAUUAAUUAGAUAAAAUAGAGGAGGAAGAAAUUAGAUUAAAAGAAGAAAAAACUAAAAAUCUUGAAAGAAUGAGAUUAGAAAAUAAAAUUUUAAUUUUAAAUUCUGUUAAAGCUGAUGCAACAAAAGCAGUUAAUGAAGAUAGUGAAGAUGGUUAAGAAAAAUUAAAUGAUGAAGAUACAUUAGAUGAAACUGAAUAUGCAUUAUGGAAAAUAAGGGAAUUAAAAAGAAUUAAAUAAUUCAAUGAUGAAAAAAAUAAAUAUGAAAUAGAAAAGGCUGAAAUAGAGAGAAGAAGAAAUUUAACAGAUAUGUAAAGAAUUUAAGAAGAUUUUAAAUUGGGUUCUGAUAAAACAAAAAUGGAGGAUAAAACAAAAUAUGUUUUUAUGUAGAAAUAUUACAAUACAGGUGCUUAUUAUAAAGAUAUGGAUGAUCCUAUCUUUUAAAGAGAUUAUAAUUUACCAGUUGGUGAAGAUUUAUGGGUAUUAUUAUUAUUUAUAUUCUUUUUUAGAGAAAAGAUAAUCUACCCUCAAUCUUAUAAAAAAGAAGAGGAGAAUUUGGAAAAAAAGGAAACUCUAAAUAUACUCAUUUAACAUAAGNUCAUAUAUUCAAUAAUUAUGUAUUAAAUAAAUUAUUUUUAUUUUAGAUGUAAGAAUAUAAUUUUUAAGUUUAUUAAAAGCCUAAAAAUGAAUUUGAUAUUAGUUAUGAUGAAUAAAUCAAAUAAAAAAAGUAAAGACUUUGGACAGGAAAACCUAUACCUAAAUAAUAAGAUAAUUCAGACGAUGAUAUAUUUGAUUUACCAAAAGUAGAAAAAAAUAUUGAAAUAUCUUAAGUUGAAUAAAAAGUUUAAAGAGAUCCUUAAGAAAAUGUUUAAACAUUUCAAAAAGUUGAAAAUGAUAAUUAUGAAAUAGAAAUUAUUGAUGAAGAAGCAGCAAUGAUGAGAAGAAGAAGAGUAAUUUAAUCAAGAUUAGCAGAAGAAUAAUAAUUAUUAUAAUAAGAGUAAUAAUUAAGUAAAGAAUAAAAAAAAGAGAAAAAACAUAAAAAGAAAGAAAAAAAAAAUAAAAAGAAAAAGGAGGAAACUUUUUAAUAAAAUGAAAAAGAGGAAGAAGCAUAAGAUUUUUAAGAAUAAUAAAAAGAAGUUGAAUUAUUAAAACCAGUAUUUGUUUCAAGAACAUAAAGAGAUUAAUUAGAUAAAAUAGAGGAGGAAGAAAUUAGAUUAAAAGAAGAAAAAACUAAAAAUCUUGAAAGAAUGAGAUUAGAAAAUAAAAUUUUAAUUUUAAAUUCUGUUAAAGCUGAUGCAACAAAAGCAGUUAAUGAAGAUAGUGAAGAUGGUUAAGAAAAAUUAAAUGAUGAAGAUACAUUAGAUGAAACUGAAUAUGCAUUAUGGAAAAUAAGGGAAUUAAAAAGAAUUAAAUAAUUCAAUGAUGAAAAAAAUAAAUAUGAAAUAGAAAAGGCUGAAAUAGAGAGAAGAAGAAAUUUAACAGAUAUGUAAAGAAUUUAAGAAGAUUUUAAAUUGGGUUCUGAUAAAACAAAAAUGGAGGAUAAAACAAAAUAUGUUUUUAUGUAGAAAUAUUACAAUACAGGUGCUUAUUAUAAAGAUAUGGAUGAUCCUAUCUUUUAAAGAGAUUAUAAUUUACCAGUUGGUGAAGAUUUAUGGGUAUUAUUAUUAUUUAUAUUCUUUUUUAGAGAAAAGAUAAUCUACCCUCAAUCUUAUAAAAAAGAAGAGGAGAAUUUGGAAAAAAAGGAAACUCUAAAUAUACUCAUUUAACAUAAGAAGAUACUACAAAUUUUGAUCCUACUUAUUAAGUAGAUUAAAAUAUAAGAUAAAAAUUUUUAAAUUAAUAAGGAGGAUCAAAAUCUUCACAAAAUUUCUUGAAAUAGUUUAAAAAAAAUUGA